AUGGUCUUACUGUACAGCGACGGGUCACCGACGACCGAGAUCUCGGACGAGGGCCUCAAGCACGCGCUCGUGGAGGCGCUGGACAAACUACAUGGCAAGGACAAGCGCAACGUGAUGCUCGUGCCCCCGGACUUUACUCGAUUUCAUUCGAAGUCGGGUAUUGUGACCCAGCACGCAUACGAAUACUUUGGAGAACACGUCAAGGACAUUAUGCCAGCUCUGGGAACACAUGCACCGAUGACCCCCGUCGAGAUUUCCAAGAUGUUUGGAUCCGUUCCCCAGAACCUCUUUCGUGUCCACGAUUGGCGGUUCGUCUCCACCUUUCCUCGACAAAUCGUCAUGCGCAGCUGCAGGAACGACGUUGUGCAGAUUGGCGAAGUGCCUCGGGAACUCGUACGAGAGGCAAGCGACGGACAAGUAGAUGAACCAUGGCCGGCGCAGCUGAACAAACUGAUAUGGGAAGGGGGGCACGAUCUGAUUUUGUCGAUCGGGCAAGUCGUGCCGCAUGAGGUGAUGGGCAUGGCCAACUACAACAAAAACCUGUUUGUUGGCACGGGAGGCAGCGAUGCCAUCAACUUUUCCCACUUCAUCGGUGCCGUCUACGGCAUGGAGCGCAUGAUGGGCCGGGCCAACAACCCGCUUCGGCGCAUCUUGAAUUACGCGUCGGACCACUUCCUGACCCAUUUGCCCAUCGUGUACGUCCAAACAGUGAUCGGUCGACGAGACGAUGGGUCGGUCGUGACGCGGGGAGUGUUUAUCGGGACGGACGAUGAGUGCUUUACGAAAGCCGCCGCGCUGUCUCUACACGUCAACUUCACCUUGCUACCAGCUCCAUUGGACGAGGUUGUGGUGCAUUUGGAUGCGGAAGAAUUCAAAACGACUUGGCUCGGAAACAAGGCCAUCUACCGCACACGCAUGGCCAUCGCGGACGGCGGCACGCUGGUCGUGUUGGCGCCGGGCGUCAAGCACUUUGGCGAAGACAAACAGAUUGACUUGCUCAUUCGAAAAUACGGGUAUCGCACGACGCCAGAAGUGUUGGCCCACAUCGCCGCCAACCGCGACUUGAUGAAGAACCUCAGCGCCGCCGCGCAUUUGAUUCAUGGAUCGCCUGAGAAUCGAUUUCGUGUCGUGUACGCGUGUGGACGGCAUGGCCUGGCGAAGGAAGAAGUGGAAGGGGUGGGAUUCGAGUACGCCAAAUUGGAAGACAUGCUCGCGCUGUACCAAGUGGACGGGCGCCAGGAUGGCUGGAACACUACAGUCGACCCCGUGACAGGCACCGAGCGCUCGUUUUACUAUAUUUCCAACCCAGCAAUGGGGCUGUGGGCGUACGAAGGAAGAUUUGAAGCGUCUUCGAAGGCCCAGCCGACCCACCACCAUCCUUCAUCUUCUGGCCCUCUGCUCACGGAACUUCAUGGAAACGAAGCGUGCGUCGAUGCUGGCGUCGGUGGCGGGCCUUUCACCAAGGCGGAUCACGACAAGUUGUUGCACUAGAUGGAGAACUGCUUCUUCGAUCUCGGCAAUGACGGCCAUGGCCUCGUGGAAUGAAAGUUUUUGGAUUGAACCAGACAUGAUCAAACAACAUCGACUGGCGCUUUCUUCGACUUCACUUGAAAUCAUCGACGUAAGAUGAGGACGACGUCUUAUUUGUGUCGCUUGGUUGUAAUGGAGGUCAUUGACGGCGACUUCUUCGCCAUCCCCAG